AUGCUGGCAACGAACGUUUGGCCAAACAGGAGCAUCCUUGGCACCGUGGACCGCCUGGGGAAGCUCUACGUUGUGCUGGUCAAGAAUUCGUCCCUGAACAUCGAGCCCUGGCCCCCGAUGCUGCCUCGCAGCAGGUCCUGCCCGGCCCUUUCAGUCGUGCAGCCCGAGGAUGACCGGGGGUGUGAAGAGCCUGCGGAACAGCUUCUGUCCGAUGCUGCAGUGGCUCGUUUGCGCCAUGCGGGUGGACAAUGCCUUCCAUGCAUCUUCUUCCACAGCAAAGCAGACGGUUGCCGCAAUGGCGACAGGUGCAGUCACUGCCACAUUUGCACAGUUGCCGACAUGAAGCACAAGAAGAACUUUCUGAAGCGGCAAGCAAAGCGCAGGCGGUGA